CUCAACCCCACUCCUCGGCCAGAGCGUCCAGUGUACGCUCUGAAUUGACAUCCUGACAACGCUUUGAAUGUACGAACGGCCAGAGCGCACUCUGGAAAUGCAGAUACAUUUUUACGAAAACACACUACUUAAAAAAAAGUGGUUACUUCCGGUUCCGGUUUAGACGCCUGGGAAGCUAGCUAGCUACUUCGAUACAUGUUUCAGUAAGAUACUUAACGAAUUAACGUAUAUGCCGACAUUUUAUGUUUGUAUGUAUUCACAAAUUAUCUUUAAAAAAAAUGCUGACGUGAGAGGAAGGUAGCUAGUUGACGUUAGCUUUGCUAGCUCAGCCACUGUCCGUUUCAAGUAAAUGUAAACAGCAACGUUAUGCUUUUAAUAAUUUCGAUGACCUUUCCCAAUAGCCUAAUAUUGAAUCCAUAUUCCCUAGAUUGCUUCUUUGACCCAUCAUCUCUUCACUGGCAACUUUCUCAACAGAGAUUAGAUACGUUUACGUUCCAGCAUGUCUCACAACUACUCCUACAGACGACCACCACCAGCUAAAGGUCUAAGACCCAGCUCUUUCGACUCUCCAGAUCACCUGCACCCUGGAGACCACAUUCACAAUGUUUACAGAUCGUGCCAGGAGUCACCAUCUCAUUCCACAAUACCAUCCUACCCAUACUCCUCAUCCAGAGCCUCCGCUGCCACCGAGUCCCCUUACUCCUCCUCACUAAGCCGGUCAGACCAAACUCUCCUGAGCAGCUGUGGGCUCAAGCCCAAAGACUUAUCUCUACUAGCCGAGAUGCCUGAGGAUCUCAUCACCGUGGAGAACCUACCACAUCUGGUCCUGGAGAUCAAGAAGAAGAGGGCGACACAUCAGUCACCAUAUCCAGCUAUGAUCUCUUACCCUCCUGCUGCCACAUCUCGUCCCCCCUCUGUCCAAGUUGUGGACUACCACUAUGGUAAAGAAACUCUCAGAAGUUACCAAACUCCUAGGUCCACUUACAACAUGGCCCAAGGAGGAAGCAGCAACACCUGGAAACCCCCAACUCGUCCCAACCAGCAGUAGAUUACAGGUACCCACCAACUACAGACUACAGACCACGCCCAGACCAAGAUGUCCCAGUUGUCACAAUCAAGAUGGCCACCUCUGGCAACACUCCCACCAAGAAGUCUGCUCUUGACUUCCAUGGAGAAAUCCCCCAAAAGUUUCCUCAUACUUGCUCUCUCUGUGAUAUUACCGUGCUCUCUGAAAAGUUCUGGUUCACACACGCCAAUGGAACUCAACAUGCAGACGGACAGCUCACAUUUCUUAAAAUGUAUCCUGAUUGGGAUUGCCGGAUGCAGACCACCAGAAAUGGUGAUGACCGCACAAAGAGACCGAACGUUGAAGAGAAGACUGCUGGACCUUCCCAUAGGUUGAUUAACUACUUGGGUGGACUCCAAUCAAGUUGUAGAAACAGGAUGAUCAAUGGAAACAGGAUGCACCUGAGCUCCAUUUCGAGUCUCAAGGCAAAGGGUAAACCGUCAAGUAGCGGCUCUAGAGAAAGCAUAGACUCUAAGACAAAGGGGAGUGGCAAAGUGGUUUGUGCCCAAUUUACCGCCCGGUGUCUCAACGAAGAUGGUUUGAAGGACCUGAUUAAUCCGUUUGGGGAAGUUGUGAAAAUCAUCAUGUUCCCUGCUUUGGCGUUUGUGGAGUUGGGCUCAACUGACCAGGCCGCCGAUAUUGUGAGAUACUACCUCAGUAACCCAGUGAUGGUGAAAGGAGGACAAGUCACCUUCUCUGUCUCGUCAACAUUUAAUUUCCUGCAGAGUUCCCGGGUGUUGAGUUUUUCCCCGGUGCCUCCUGGUAAAGAGUCAUCCGCGUGGAAGAGACAGUUACUGGCCGCAGCUAAAAGAUUUGGACCUGUGGAGCACUCUCUAUUCUUACCUACGCAGGCAUUUGUGGAAAUGACAAAUCCACUGGAUGCACAGAAGCUGGUUGGACACCAUACGUCCAAACCCCUGAAAAUAGAUGAGAUUCAUAUUAAAGUGGCCUUCUCGUCAGAGUAUAAUACACUUCCGACCAUAUCUGACAGGAAGUCUUCAGUCAGGAAGUCUUCAGUCAGGAAGUCUUCAGACAGGAAGUCUUCAGACAGGAGCAGGAAGUCUGAAGAUAGAUCUAAGAGAAAGAGAAGCCCAAGCCCCAGAAGGCGGAACCUCAGCCCCAGGAGAGAUUCCCCAACCACCUCAAAGAGGAGGAGGAGUAGAGAGAGGUAUAGCGACCGUCACAAAGAACGAGUGAAAUCAAACAGUGGUGGUAAAGGCAGUCCAAGGUCCCCCAGCAAACAGAUCUCCAGCCGGAACUCCAGAAGCCCUCGCAGGCCAAGGUCCCCCAGCAAACAGAUCUCCGGCCGGAACUCCAGAAGCCCUCGCUCACAUACUAAAGAGAGGGUCUCCAGUGAGAAGAAGACCCCAGGUUCUUGUAAAACAGACCCCAAGAAGAACAAGGUAUCUCCCACUUCCACUCGCUCACAACCUCCCACCAAGGAAAAGACCCCAUCCCUGUCCUCCAAUGUGAUGGCGAAGUCUGAAGAGGCUGUCGUCACGACUGACCAGAGCAAGAAAAAAACUGAGACUCAGGAGGAUGGAGCCACGGAGGCCUGUGAUAUGGACAGUGACAUCGAGGGGAUGGCCGUGUAUGGGGAGGAUGGGGAGGAGAACUCUGACAUGGGAGAGGAGGAAGAGGAAGAGGGGCAAGUAGGGGAGAAAGAGGGAGAGGUAGGGGAGGCAGAGGGAGUGGGGGGAGAGGAAGAGGAAGUAGUGGAGGUAGAGAAGGAAGAGGUAGAGAAGGAAGAGGUAGAGGAGGAAGAGGUAGAAGAGGAAGAGAGUGAGGAGGAGGGAGAGGUAGGGGAGAAAGAGGUAGAGGAGGAAGAGGUAGAAGAGGUAGGGGAGGCAGAGGGAGUGGGGGAGAGGAAGAAGUAGUGGAGGUAGAGGAGG